AUGUCGAAGGAAAGGGCGUCUAGCAACCUCGCUACCUCGUUGGCCUCGGCAUCUGCAAGCUUGAACGAGGCCAACUCCAGUACGAGCGUGCCAAGUACGAAGAGGCGUAAACGUGGGGAUGUGAACGCUGCUAAGGCCCGAGUCGAGUCGGGGACGCCCUUGGAGCGCUCCGACAUCGACAAAAUCACGGACGUGCUGGCGAACGAGUACCUGAAAUCCAUGGGCCUGCCCACGUCUGGCAAGGUGGUGGACAAGCGCGAACGCCUACUGCAGUUAUUCGCCAAGAACAAGUGGAUGGUGUAUACCCCCGAUGCUGUCGACGGCGGGGAAGGGGCGGCUCGGGCGGCGGCGGCAGCACCGGCGCCCGAGGUUGGUCAGCGGGUGUUGACCGCUGCCGGGGGCCGACCGGGGGCGGCGGUAGCGGCGGCCAUGGCGGCGGCGGCGGCAAAGGCGGCGGCCGCCGCGGCUGACCAGGGAGUGUUGCCGCCCACUCCCGGGGGCAGGUCGGUGGGGAGUGUGGCGGUGAUGGCCGGGGCUGUUCAGGAUGGUUUCCCAGCUACCGCGGGCGGGCCAGGGGCGGGGGUGGCGGGCGGGACUGCUCGGGGAGCAUUGCUCGCUACGGGUGGAGGACCGGGGGCGGCGGCCGGGGCGAAUCAGCAAGGGUUGCCCGCUGCCGGGGGUGGGAUGCGGCCGCCACAAAACGAAACGCGCAUUUGA